AUGCCUGACGCAAUUCAACUAUCAAACAUCUACGAUUCUUUCACGCAACUGGGUGAGAGAGUCCAUGUCACGCUCAGAACGCAGCUUGGUGACAUUGGUCGCUUGAAUGCUCAAAAGGCUGUCUGCCUUCAAUUCCUCGAGGCUAUUGAACAGCAUUUGAACAUCAUCCCACCUGCGGAAAGACAUGUCAUUGAAGCCAGUGUGGAUCGCAUGAUUCAAGAGCUAGAUAUUGCCACCACGAUAUCAUCUGAUCCACCAGAUGCCAGCCCUGUCGACUUAGGAAGUCAUACCCAUACAGGCACUGUCGGAAGACCCAGCAUUCACAUUCUUCCGUCUGAUCUUGCUGUACUCUCAUCAGGAAGGGUAUCAAGGAGGCGCCUAGCUGAACUCUAUCAAUGUCAUCCCCGCACCAUACGUCGUCGACUACUCGAAUUCAACCUUUCUUCUCCUGGACCUCCAGUAUAUGUGGAUGAGCAGCAGCCUGAUGGUAGUAUCAACCGAAUAUACCAUCGAGGAUCUUCGAGUGAUCUAUCCACAAUUUCAGAUGCUGAACUUGAUAGAUUGAUACUGGAACUCCAUCAGCAGUUUCCGUCCUUUGGAUGA